AUGAUUAAUGUGUCCGUUGCUUUCACAGGACGUCAUUACGGCGUCAUCUCGUGUGAGGGCUGUAAGGGCUUCUUCAAACGGUCCAUUCGCGGCCACGUUCAUUACGCCUGCCGUGGAGACCAGAACUGCAUCGUCAACAAGGCCUACCGCAACCGCUGCCAGUUUUGUCGUCUCCAGAAAUGUCUGUUCGUGGGGAUGCGCUCAGAAGCGGUGCAGAAUGAACGCCGGCCAACCAACAACAUGGUGGCUACCAUGACGGCCAGCCUGAACGCGUCUGCGGCAGGCUUGGCUUCGGCGGCCGGAUCCAGCAGCGCAGGCAUGGAAGGUGUGGAAGAGUCUCCUUCCGCCCUGCGGCACUCUUGCUCACCAACCCUCACCGAUGUCGGGGCUCUUCACCUCGCCGGACUCUCCGCCGUCGGGGUCGUCGUCUCGCCGAGUGACGAGACGUCCGGUUGUGCCUCACCAUCCGCAGGGUUUCCGGGGGCUGGUCGUUCUUCAGUCUCUGGGCCCUCUUUUGUCCUCGGUCCCGGAAAACUCGACUCGCCGACCACGGGUCAGGAAACAGGGCCCCAAGGACCAGGCGACGUUAGGCGUGGUGGAGUCUCCGGAACGACUUCGUAUACACCUCCGCCCUCAUCAGAUCUCUCGGUGGCUACAUGGCUACCAGGUCAGUAUAGGAGGGGCACUCUUUUCGGCUUGAUCGGAUUGAAGCGAUUUAUUUUUCACGUAUCCUUGGUCUCAUUGGGCUAA